AUAUCUGAGGAUAAAAUUGAUGCAAUAAUGGAGAUUCUUUGUGACAACAAAUUGGAUUGUCUGCCUUCAACUGUUCCCAAAUAUGCAGUGGUUCUAACAAUGAGUUUGAAUAAACGAAUUGUUCCACGGGCUUAUGUCAUGCAAGUUUUGUUGUCAAAGGGUCUGAUGAAAAAGAAAAGCUUGCUCAAAAUGCUUGUCCGUACUGAAAGCGAAUUUUUGAACAGAUGUAUCCAGUGUCAUGUGGAGGAAGCUAGUGAACUCUUGAAGCUGUAUCAUUCUAAACUUAAUCUUGCAAGAUUACUUCCUAAUGAAUCAAUGCUUGAGAAUCAUAUGCAUCAAGAAAACAGAAAAUCUCCAGAAGUUUCAGUGGCACGAAGGAGUAACAUCUUCGUCUUAUUACUGAUGAAGCUGGUUGAGGUAGCAUUAUUCCAGAUGAAGUCAAACCUGAGAUAAUCGAGGCUUCUCGAGUAUGUAUGAUGAAGCUCGAAUUUAAUUUUCCAUACCCUUUUCUCCAAGUGUAGUUUCUUUCUUAAGGAUGCUUUGCUUUGGCCAUGUUAUGAUGCUGGUUUUCCUGAAACAUGAGAGAGGAUUUUUUUCCCUCUUCUUGUUAGUAAAAGAGAAAUAUAUAAUCAUGUCGAAUUAUUAUUA